GUGCUACCAAACAACUCGGUCACACUCAAAACAUUUAAAGCACUGACGAUGAAAUCAAAAACAGUAGCAUCACAAACCUCAGACUCACACAUUUAAAGUGGUGAGUACUAGAAAUCAAAAGAGUACCAUCACAAAAUCUUACUGUAUAUAUCCACACAAAAGAAAUGCUAAUUUGACCAAAACAAAAAAUAUCUAACUGUAUCCAUGCAAAAAAAAAAAGGACAAGAAAAAAAAUCUUACUAGAGGGUGGGCACACAAGGCAAGAAAUCAAAGGCUAUAUAAAUAACAAGACAACCACUUGAAAGCUAAGCAAAAGCUAAGCAAUUAUUAACAGCUGCGCCGUCGCGCGCGCGCGCCCACGUCGCCGCCGGCGAGCUCAGCGACGUCCCCGGCCGCAACGUACGCCGUCCAUGGCGUUGCUGGACCAGGCGGUGGCGGUGGCGGCGGCGCCGAGAGCCAACAAGAGGGCGAAGGUGGCGGCGGAGGAGGAGGAGUACGACGAGCCAUGCCGGUCGCCGCCGGCGCCGGCGGCGAAGAAGAAGGUGGCGAGGCUGACGGUGUGGUGCAAGUCGCUGGUGUUCCACGGCGAGGGGUACGCGGUGUUCGACGACGCGGACGGGCGGAUGGUGUUCCGCGUGGACAGCUACGGCGCCGGCCGCCGCCUCGUGGCGCUCAUGGACCACGCCGGCCGCGUCCUCCUCACCGUCGUCCGCCGCCACCGCCGCCAUUGCAGGGUGCUGCUGAUGAGCUUGAGGCCGGAUACAUGGGAGGUGUACAAGGGCGACGUCGGCGACGGCGAUGGCGCCGCCACGUGCUCCCAGGAUGAGCCGCCACGUCUCGUGAUGAGGGCGACCAAGGACCUGGGCAACCCGAGCUGCACCGUGUCCAUGCUCGCCGCCGGCGCCGGCGCCGGCAACGGCGACGAGGCGGCGUGCGGCCAUGGCGUCUACCGCAUGAGCUGGUCGUGCCGGGAGGAGUGGUCCAGGGUUCACUGCUCUAGCGGCUGCAUCAACUCCCUCGUCGCCGAGGUGAGAAGGAAGAGAGGCGGGCCGAGGAAGACGACGCUGCUGGGGAAGGACGUGUUGUCACUGACGGUGCAGCCAGGGAUGGACCAGGCCGUCGCCAUGGCCAUGCUCAUGAUCUCCAACUCCUACCGCUGACUGAUCGACUAACUGGUUAGAUGGAUUAUAUUGACCGUCCAAAUUGAAGUGAUCGAGAACUUGCAGGAUGUGUUGUUGCAUUUGCGAUCGAGAUGGAUAAUGUGUGAGAUGUAAAUAUACACGAACACGUCACUGAAGAAGAUUGUACUGUAAUUUGGAAAUUCCAUAUCACACCCGUUGCCGGUCAUUUCGAUCGGUGCGAGCAUGGAUGCUUAAGGCUGAGUCCAGCACUACCCUUACCCAACUUCGCUUUUUGGUUUUC